UUUUAUCUAAAUGGGAUGCACAAGCCAGGUGAUGUGAUUCUGGGUGGGUUGUUUGAAGUUCACUACACCUCAGUCUUCCCGGAGCUGACGUUCACCUCAGAGCCAAAUCAGCUCAGCUGCCAGGGCUUUGACCCUCCAGGGUUCAGGCAUGCCAUGACCAUGGCCUUUGCUAUUGAUGAGAUCAACAAAAACUCCAACCUGCUACCUAAUGUGACUCUGGGAUACAGUCUGUAUGAUAACUGUGCAACACUUGUAAUUGGAUUCAGUGCUGCAUUGUCACUGGCCAGUGGUCGAGAGGAGCAGUUUCUGCUUCAGGAGACCUGUUUGGGGACCCCUCCAGUUGUGGGGAUUGUGGGUGAUUCCUUCUCAACCUUUUCUAUCGCCACCUCUGAUGUGAUAGGUUUAUUAAAAUUGCCUAUUGUGAGUUACUUUGCCACAUGUUCCUGCCUGAGUGAUCGCCAAAGGUUUCCAUCCUUCUUUAGAACAAUACCAAGUGAUGCUUUCCAGGUGCGUGCCAUGAUUCAGAUACUAAAACGCUUUGGCUGGACGUGGGCAGGUCUUCUGGUCAGUGAUGAUGACUAUGGACUUCAUGUUACCCGAUCCUUCCAAUCUGACUUUGUUCAGUCUGGUGGAGGUUGUCUGGCCUACACAGAGAUAUUGCCCUGGGGUGACAACCCAGCUGAACUAAGGAGGAUUGUGGAAGUGAUGAAGAAAUCCACAGCUCGUGUGGUCAUUGUGUUUGCACAUCAGAUCCACAUGAUCCAACUAAUGGAAGAGGUGGUGAGGCAGAAUGUGACAGGCCUGCAGUGGAUGGCCAGUGAAGCCUGGACAGCAGCUGCUGUGCUCCAGACCCCCCACCUCAUGCCGUACCUGGGUGGAACACUGGGCAUUGCCAUCCGUCGAGGAGAAAUACCAGGGCUCAGGGAUUUUCUGAUAAGAAUACGUCCUGACCUACAUGACAACAAUAUUGAUGGAAAUAGCAUGGUGAGGCAGUUUUGGGAAUACACAUUUCAGUGUAGAUUUGCCACAGCUCCAGCAGGUUGGAUGGAAGCUGACGGAGCAAUAUGCACUGGAGAUGAAGACUUAGAGAAUGUGAAGACUGAGUUUUUGGAUGUUUCUAACCUCAGGCCAGAGUACAAUAUUUACAAGGCUGUUUAUGCUAUGGCGUAUGCCCUUGAUGACUUACAGCGCUGCGUGCCAGGGAGAGGGCCUUUCACCGGGCACAGCUGUGCUACUUUGCAAAGACUGGAGCCAUGGCAGCUUGUGUAUUACUUGGAAAAGGUAAACUUCACCACACCAUUUGGUGACCAAGUGUCAUUUGAUGAGAAUGGUGAUGCCUUACCAAUCUAUGAUAUCAUGAACUGGAUGUGGCUCCCUGAUGGAAGAACUAAAGUUCAGAGUGUGGGGGUUGUUAAGAAGUCCCCCGUCAGACGUGAAGAACUUACACUUCAUGAAGAAAAAAUCUUCUGGAACUUUGACUCUAAAAAGCCACCCCGGUCAGUUUGCAGUGAGAGCUGUCCCCCAGGAACCCGCAUUGCCAGAAAGAAGGGGGAACCUGAGUGCUGUUUCGACUGCAUCCCUUGUUCUGACGGAAAGUUCAGCAACGAAUCAGACUCCAUGAAGUGCAUAUCUUGUCCAGAAGAUUUCUGGUCCAGUCCACAUCGUGACCACUGUGUUCCCAAGAAAACAGAGUUCCUCUCCUACCAUGAGCCUCUGGGCAUCUGCUUGACAAUCGCAUCAUUGCUGGGUGCAUUUAUCUGUGCUGUUGUCCUAGGAAUCUUCAUCUAUCAUCGGAGCACACCCAUGGUGCGUGCCAACAACUCAGAACUCAGUUUCCUGCUCUUGGUGUCACUUAAACUAUGUUUCCUGUGUUCACUGUUGUUUAUUGGCCGUCCCAGACUGUGGACAUGCCAGCUGAGACAUGCAGCAUUUGGCAUCAGCUUUGUACUUUGUGUCUCAUGCAUCCUGGUAAAAACAAUGGUGGUUCUGGCUGUGUUCAAGGCCUCCAAACCAGGAGGUGAAGCCAGUCUGAAGUGGUUCGGUGCCGUGCAGCAGAGAGGGACAGUUAUGGUUCUUACUUCUAUUCAGGCGGCAAUCUGCACUGCCUGGCUUGUCUCCUCAUCACCAGGGCCUCAUAAAAACACUCAGUACCACAAUGAUAAGAUAGUUUAUGAGUGUAUAAUUGGUUCAACAAUUGGUUUUGCAGUGUUACUGGGCUACAUCGGCUUACUGGCUGUCCUUAGCUUCCUGUUAGCAUUUCUAGCAAGGAAUCUUCCAGACAACUUCAAUGAGGCCAAACUCAUCACUUUCAGCAUGCUGAUCUUCUGUGCUGUGUGGGUGGCCUUUAUCCCUGCUUAUGUCAACUCUCCAGGCAAAUAUGCAGAUGCAGUGGAGGUCUUUGCCAUCCUGGCCUCCAGUUUUGGCCUCUUGGUGGCACUGUUUGGACCCAAAUGUUACAUAAUCCUGAUGAGACCAGAAAGGAACACGAAGAAAGCUAUCAUGGGUCGAGGCAUCACCAAAUCAUAA